CCCGCAGCGCCCCGCUGGUCCCGAGGCACAGCACAGGCGGAGCGGCGGGCCAUGGAGCCCCGGGCCUAGAGCGGCCGCCCUGCCCGACCCCCUGCGGGCGCGCUCGGGCGGGGGUCGGGGAUGGGCCCGGCCGCGGGCGGGGAGCGCCGCCCGCCCCCCGAGCGCUGAGCCCGGCGGGGACGGGCACGGGCACGGCCCGCGCCGGCACCAUCGCCCGCUCCGGGGAAACCUUCGCUUUUUUUUUCCUUUUUCCCCUCACCCGAGAUUGUUUUGUUGUUUCUUUUUUCUUUGAUUGUUGUCGGAGUUUUUUCUUGCUGGAGUUUUUACCCCCCACGCCCCACUUCCGUGGUUUUGGAUAUUCUGACUGCAAGAAGAGUUUUGGAGUUGUUUUGGAUUGGGUUUGCUUGUUGGUUUUUUCGGUUGUUUUUUUUUUUGUUUUUUUUUUUUUGUUCCCUUCUCCUGCCCUUGAACUGAGUUUGUCCUCUGUGCAUGCCUCUUCUGGAGCAAGGCUGGAUCCUGAACCUCGGUGCAUGUGAGGGGCAAAGCCUCGUUCAUAUCCCUGCAAUAAGAGUAAAAUGUAAAUUGGAUAAUACGACUUCUUGCCAAAGGCUCCAAUGAGUGGCACACAGUCCACAAUCACGGACAGGUUUCCUCUCAAAAAACCUUCGAGACAUGGCAGCAUUCUGAGCAGAGAGUCUCCAGCUGACAAGAAGCAGAAGGUUGAACGCUGCAGCAGCACCCACGACUUCGAUCCCACAGAUAGCUCCUCCAAGAAGACAAAGUCUAGUUCUGAGGAGAGUAAAUCCGAGACGUAUGGGCUGGUGCAGAGGUGUGUGGUGAUCCAGAGGGAUGAGAACGGCUUCGGGCUGACGGUCAGCGGGGACAACCCCGUCUUCGUGCAGUCUGUCAAGGAAGAUGGAGCAGCCAUGCGGGCUGGAGUGCAGACAGGUGAUAGAAUUAUCAAGGUGAACGGGACUCUGGUAACACACUCCAACCAUUUGGAGGUGGUCAAGCUGAUCAAGUCAGGUUCCUAUGUAGCUCUCACUGUCCAGGGGCGCCCCCCAGGGUCGCCCCAGAUCCCCCUGGCGGAUUCUGACGUGGAUCUGGCAGCUUUUGGGCAUAUGUCUCCCAUCAUGGCAUCCCCCCACUCACCUGGCACCUCAGGGAAUGCAGAGAGGAUCACCAGCCCUGUGCUCAUGGGGGAGGAGAAUAACAUUGUCCACAACCAGAAGGUGGAGAUUCUGAGGAAGAUGCUCCAGAAGGAGCAGGAGAGGCUGCAGUUCCUGCAGGAGGAGUACAGCAGAACCCCCUCCACCCGUGGGCUGAAGGAGAUCCAGGAGGCAAAGAAACACAUUCCUCAGCUGCAGGAGCAGCUGUCCAAGGCCACAGGCUGCUCUCAGGAUGGGCUCCUGUCCUCCAGGGCUGUGUCAGAGUCACUGCAGAUCAGCGAGGGGGAGCCAGACACUGGGGACAGUGGCAGCAAACUGGAUUUCAGUGGUGACAGCCCCUCCAGACCCAACAGUGACAUUGCUGAUAGUCCUCGCAGUGGCCUGAAGGAGAGGAUUUAUCCAGAUGAGAGCCCAGAAAAGGCUGAGCUUCAAGAUACUGAUUCCCAGUCCAGUGUUGGGAGUCCCCUGUCCCGAGUGGGGACUCAGAUCAUUGGAGCAGAGGAUGAUGAUUUUGACACAGAGCAGGAGCAGAUUAAUGGGCAGUGCAGCUGCUUCCAGAACAUCGAGCUCCUGAAAUCCCGCCCCGCUCACCUGGCUGUUCUCCUGCACCACGUGGUGUCCCAGUUUGAUCCUGCAGCACUGCUGUGCUACCUUUACACAGACCUGUACAAACAGACCAACUCCAAAGAGACCCGGCGUGUUUUCCUGGAGUUUUACCAGUUCUUCCUGGACAGAGCUGCAAACCUGAAAGUCCCAGUUCCAGAUGAGAUCUCCUUGGAAUUAGACAGGAGAAGGCCAGAGUUCCUCCCUGAAGAGCUGCACCGCCAGUUCAUCCAGACCAUGCAGGAUAAAGUCUGUCCAGAGGUUCAGAGGAACCUGGAAGAUUUCAGGCAGAAGAGGAGCAUGGGGCUGACCCUGGCCGAGGGGGAGCUGACCCGGCUGGACGCCGAGCGGCUCCGCGACCGCAACGCCGUGGAGAAGGAGAGGAGCUGUGCAGAGCAGAUCAUCGCCAAAAUCGAGGAGGUCCUGAUGACAUCUCAGCCUCUGGAAGAAGACAAGAGCUCUGCCAUGCAAUGUGUGAUCCUCACCUACAUGAAGCACCUGGGAGUCAAAGUCAAGGAGCCUCGGAGCCUGGAGCAGAAGCGGGGCAGGAUUGGUUUCCUGCCAAAGAUCAAGCAAAGCAUCAAGAAAGAGAAAGAAGGAGAGGAGAAAGGGAAGAGGAGAGGCUUCCCCAACAUUCUGGGGCCCCCGAGGAGGCCGAGCCGACAUGACAGCAGUGCAAUUGGCAGGGCCAUGGAGAUGCAGAAGCCCAGGCACCCCAAGCACUCACCCACAGCCUCUUCUGUGAGCCCAGAGCCCCCCGAGUCCAGCAAGACGCGGCAGAGCGGCUCCUCCAGCGAUGGCACAGACGCCCCUUACCCCCCUGCCAACCCCAUGUCCCCCCUGGCAGUGGGGCCCUUUGCCUCUCCAGAGGGCAGCAAGGACAGUGACACAGGUUUGAAGCAGCCUGGGGAAGCUCCUCCUGCCAGUGACUCCAUGGAUGGCACCCCCCGCACACCCAACACCACCUUUGAGUUCCCAUCUCCUCUGGAAAACCUGCAGGAGGAGGAGGGAGAAUCAGAGAGGGUGGUCGACAUGGGAACCCCAAAGCCUUUCCGCAAGAUGGACAGUGUUGGCUUUGCAGAUGUGCAGAGUGAGGAUGAGCUCUAUGACUUUGACAUGGACAUGGACCCUCCCAACUGGCAGCAGCUCGUGAGCAGGGAGGUGCUGAUGGGGCUCAAGCCCUACGAAAUCAAGCGUCAAGAAGUGAUAAAUGAGCUGUUCUACACCGAGCGAGCCCACGUGCGCACGCUGAAGGUCCUGCACAGCGUCUUCUACCAGAGAGCCACCAGGGAGGGCAUCCUCAGCUCCAGUGACAAGAGGAAAAUCUUCUCCAACCUGGAGGAUAUCCUUGGGCUGCAUGUUGCACUGAAUGAUCAGAUGAAAUCUGUCCGAAAAAGGAACGAGACUUCUGUCAUUGGCCAAAUUGGGGAAGAUUUGCUCUCCUGGUUCAGUGGAGCAGCAGAGGAGAAGCUGAAACUUGCCACUGCCACCUUCUGCAGCAACCAGCCCUUCGCCCUGGAGGUCAUCAAGUCCCGCCAGAAGAAGGACUCGCGCUUCCAGACCUUCGUGCAGGAUGCAGAGAGCAAUCCCCUGUGCCGGCGGCUGCAGCUCAAGGAUAUCAUCCCCACAGAGAUGCAGAGGUUGACUAAAUACCCUCUUCUGCUGGAUAACAUUGCUAAAUACACAGAGCUGCCUGAGGAGAAGGAAAAAGUGAAGAAAGCAGCAGAUCACUGUCGCCAGAUCCUCAACCACGUGAACCAGGCUGUGAAGGAGUCAGAGAACAAGCAGCACUUGGAGGAUUACCAGCGGAGACUCGACCUCUCCUACCUGAAGCAGUCAGAGGAUCCCAUGAUGGACGAGUUCAGGAACCUGGAUCUAACAAAGAGAAAGAUGCUCCAUGAAGGGCCCCUGACCUGGAAAGUGAAUCGUGACAAAACCAUCGAUCUGUACACCCUGCUGCUGGAGGACAUCCUGGUGCUGCUGCAGAAACAAGAUGACAAAUUGGUGCUGAAGUGCCACAGCAAGAUCCUGGCAUCCACAGCUGACAGCAAACACACCUUCAGCCCCAUCAUCAAACUCAACACUGUGCUGGUUCGCCAGGUGGCCACAGAUAACAAAGCUUUCUUCGUCAUCUCCAUGUCAGCAACGGGCGCUCACAUCUACGAGCUGGUGGCACAGACUGUCUCUGAGAAGAAUGUCUGGCAGGACCUUAUAGCUCAGAUGGCAGGAACUGUGAAGAUGGGGAGCAGCAGGAGAGUGAUCCCACUGCCUCAGUCAGGCCCUGGAGAAGAGGAGCGUGAAGAAGAGGAGCAGCAGAAGCUCAAAGAGCAGCAUGACAUUCCUGCCAGCAGCCUGCAAAGUCCAGAUAAAGAUUUGGGCCUGGAGUCUCCCUUGAUGCUGAACCCUCAGUCCUCUUCACCCAUCAUGUCAGAGAAGGCCAAGGUGGAGGGGCUGCUGGGGGCUGAGGGGCAGUUUGAGAAGGUGCAGCAGGCAGAGCUGGCACUGAAGGACUCCAGCUCAGCCUCAGUGCCAGAGGGGCAGUGGGCUCAGGAUGCCCUGAGGAACUUGGGGCUGCUGAGGCAGCUGUUGGAGCAGCAGCUGGGCCUGGCCGCCCCGCGGAGCCCGGAGCAGCGGCGCUGGCAGAGCCCGGAGCCGCCGGCGGAGCAGGGCGGCACCGCGGAGCCGCCCGCGGGGCACGGCCCCCGGACUGCAGAGUGCCCGGCCCCGGGGGAGCCCAUGCAGGGCGCGGAGCCCCCGGCCAGGAGCGCCCUGCCCAUGGACAGCAGCAGCUCCGAGCUGGAGGGGCUGGGCGCCGAGGAGGGCGGAGAGCGGUUCUUCGACGCUCGGGAGGCGCACGGCGACGAGAGCCCCGGCGAGAGCGGCAAGGACGAGGAGGAGCUGCAGAUCCGCAUCUCAGGAAAUUAUCUGAUCCUCGACGGCUACGGGGCGGUGCAGGAGAGCUCCACGGACGAGGAGGUGUCAGCCCUGGUGCUGCAGUGCACCUCCCACAGGCAGCCCCCCCUGGACUGUCCCCAGCAGCAGCAGCAGCAGCAGCAGGAGCAGCCCCUGUCCCCCAGGGACGGCUCUCCCUUCCCCGAGGAGCUGCUGGGCUCGCGCUGGCCGGGGCUGGAGGAGCCCUGCCCCUUCCUGGGCAGCCCCCAGCUGCCCCUGCAGCUCCGAGUGCAGCUCCUGCAGUACAUCCACAACAUCCAGCACGCCCUGGAGAAGCUAAAGGAGGUGGAGGAGGAUUACAGCGUCCUGCGGCGCCAGGGGCUGGCUGGCUCAGCCUGCACAGGAGAGCACUCAGACAAAAGCUAGUCGUGUUUCCAGGAGUGGCUGAAGAUUGGAUGAAGAGAAUCAGGACACAGCAGCUGCUGUCUCCCCUGUGGACUCUGGGAUGAGGGUUUGGAGCAUCCAAACAGGAACCAUUCUCUAGCAAAGUGGGCAUGGGGUGCUUUUCCUGUGGGGCAUCUGCACUAUCUUGUCAGUGAGGGAGUCUAUUCUAUUCUGCUCCUCUCCUUGCUACCAGAAAUUCUUUUUUUUUUUUUCUUCAGAACAGAAAAAAAAAAAAAAAUACCAAACCAAAUGUACAGAGCUUUGGGUGUAGGAUAUAAAAAAAAAUGUAUUUAGACAUUUAAAAGAAAAAAAAAAUCAAUGUAUUUAUUUGACUUCAUUCCGUGUAUCAAAAGCACAUUUUAAUUUUUUAAUCUGCCUUUUUUUUUUUUUUUUUUUUUUUGUUUUGUUUUUUUGUUUUUGUUCUAUUUUUGGGUAGUGACAGUUCUGACCCCCUGCAUGUGGCCCACCCUGCCUGGUGAGGGGACAGGGGGGAGCUGAGUGCAGGUGUUUCCUCACUGGACUGGACUCUGCACUCCCUGCUGGCACUCAGACUACCAAGAGCUACUCAUGAAGGUGUUAGGAUGGAAUUGAUGGCUGGAAUUUCCCUGUGUCCAACCAACUGCAUGGGAAUUGCUCAUGUCACCACGUGUGGAACAGGAAUUUUCCAUGCACUAAACAGCCAGGCACUUGAGAUGGGCAAAUUUUCCUUUUUUCCUUUCCCAUCCCUUUGCUGGGAGAGGAGAAAGAGGUUGAAUUUUGUUUUGUUUUUUUUUUUUUUUUCCUUGACUUUGUUGGCUUUGAUCAUUGUCUCCUUUGUAAAGUGAUAAAAAUACUUGGACCUGCAGCACUUUUGUAACUCUUCUCUGGAUCAAAAAAAAAAAAAAAAGAAAAAAAGAGAAAAAAAAUGCAAACCCAGAAGUGUUUCAAGGAUGUGGGGCAGCUCUGCCCUGAUUCACUACUGAAUGAAAAAGGGCUGUCAUGGAGUUAGCCACAGGUACUGCUGAUUUUAGGGCCAGUAAGUUUUAGUACCUGGAGUAUGUCUUGCUGAGGGCUUGACGUGGGGUUUGGGGUUGUUUUUUGGGGUGGGAUUGGUUUUUUUGUUGAGUUUUUCCUUUUUUUUUUUGGAAAUCAUUCGUGCCAAUGUGAUCUCACCCAAAUGGAGAUUGGCAACCCCAGGAGGCUGAGGCAGCUCUGGGCACUGGCUCAGCUCUGGGAUUGCUGCUGGAAUUGCUGCCAGGAUGGAACUGGGGACACUGGGCACUCCCUUCCUGCCCCUCCCCUGUGUGGGUUUCACAGAUGGGUCUGGCAUGAGUUCUGCACCAUGCACUGGGCUGCAGGCACCUCCUUGUUCUCCUGGCUUUGGGUGGCUCAGCUGAGGGUGAUGAUGAACUUUUACUGUCCUGCUUGCCACAGGGUGGUUCAGGUGUUCCUGUGAGCUGUGUGAGGAUCACACCCUCUUCCCAAGUUUUCAGCUCUCUAAGGAAGCCCAGCUGAGCAUCCUGCACAUCCCAUGGACAGUGGGACCAACCUGCCUUUGCUCAGCACCAGGAUCCUCCUGCUCUAAGAAACCUCCUCUGUCCCUGUCAGAAAAAUCCCAGCUCGUGUUCCUCCCCUAGAAGCCUUUGGGGGGAUGAGUUCAGGUGACAGGAGAGGGACAGAGGUGGUUUUGGUGUGGGAUUGGAGCUUGGAGCCCUGGGAGGGUUGGGAGGAAUUCCUGUUGCUGUAAGAGCAUCACCACUGCCAGCAGCAGAGCUGCCAGGAGCUCCCUGGUUUGUUUUUUUUUAUUUUGGGAUGCACCAAGACCUGUCCUGUUGUGUGGGAUUAUUGUCAGUAUUAACUCAAGGAUGGGCUCUCCCCUCCUCACCUCAGCCCCACCAUUCCCUGUUAUAAACAUCCAGAUUUCCCCCAGCCUGGAAUUCUGCCAUGGAUGCUGCCAGGAGGAGAACUGGCCACUCCACUCCAAAAACAGUUCCUGGGACCUCAGCAGCCUAAAAGCUUCCCAGAGCUUUGGUUGACAGAAAAUCAUCCCUGAAUUCCAGAGCAGAGGGAGCUCAGUCUGCCUUUGGGAGAAUGUGCUGGAAGAGCAGCAGAGGUGGGGCUUGGGGAGGUCUGGCUGUUUCUGGAGGAGCAGCAGAUCUGGGUUUGGGAGGUCUGGCUGUUCCUGGAGGAGCAGCAGAUCUGGGUUUGGGAGCUCUGGCUGUGUCUGGAGGAGCAGCAGAUCUGGGUUUGGGAGCUCUGGCUGUUCCUGGAGGAGCAGCAGAUCUGGGUUUGGGAGCUCUGGCUGUGUCUGGAGGAGCAGCAGAUCUGGGUUUGGGAGCUCUGGCUGUUCCUGGAGGAGCAGCAGAUCUGGGUUUGGGAGCUCUGGCUGUUUUGGGAGAGCAGCAGAUCUGGAUUUUGGGAGGUCUGGCUGUUCCUGAAGGAGCAGCAGAUCUGGGUUUGGGAGCUCUGGCUGUUUCUGGAGGAGCAGCAGAUCUGGGUUUGGGAGCUCUGGCUGUUCCUGGAGGAGCAGCAGAUCUGGGUUUUGGGAGCUCUGGCUGUUUUGGGAGAGCAGCAGAUCUGGGUUUGGGGAGCUCUGGCUGUUUUGGGAGAGCAGCAGAUCUGGGUUUGGGAGCUCUGGCUGUGUUUGGGAGAGCAGCAGAUCUGGAUUUUGGGAGGUCUGGCUGUUUUGGGAGAGCAGCAGAUCUGGAUUUUGGGAGCUCUGGCUGUUCCUGGAGGAGCAGCAGAUCUGGGUUUGGGAGGUCUGGCUGUUCCUGGAGGAGCAGCAGAUCUGGGUUUGGGAGCUCUGGCUGUUUCUGGAGGAGCAGCAGAUCUGGGUUUGGGAGUUCUGGCUGUUUCUGGAGGAGCAGCAGAUCUGGGUUUGGGAGCUCUGGCUGUUUUGGGAGAGCAGCAGAUCUGGGUUUGGGAGCUCUGGCUGUUUGCUGCUCUUUGCUGAUGGUUGAACACAAAAUCCUCACUGGGUCCCUCCAGGCUGCCAGAAUUCCAAGGUCUGUGCUGGUUCCUGGUUCCCCUCUGGUGCUUGUGGCAGCAGUGAAAAGCUGGCAGUGCAGCAUGUGUGUGAAUUGACAUUUUUGCUGGAGUGGAUUUUGCCCCAAAUCCCUAAACUCUGCCUUGGGGUGACCCCCAGGGGUGAGGGGAGCUGUGUCCCUGCCACCUCUGGGGUGGAUGGGAGGAUCCCUUCAGCCCAGCUGUGACCCCAGUUUUGUGGGGAUAUCAGUCCUGCUCUGGGCUGGCUGUGCCUGAGCUCUGGAUGUGCUCACCAGCAGGGAAGGGAAGCUGCCUCAGGGAUCCCUGCAGCUGGAGGGAAUUCCUUCUUCCUCCCUGGCACAUCUGCACCACAGCUGGAGGGAGGAGCUGCAGCUCAAAUGCACUAUUCAGGAUUAUUUCAGUUUUUCCCUCCUUCAAGCCAUAAAAUUCCUCUUCUUUUAAAAUGAAAAUUAGUGAUGGGUUGGGCAUUUCCUUACCCAAACACUUCUCUGGAGUUUUUUUGUCCCAGCCCCUUCCCCAAGCAGAAGAACAAGAAUUUCUUGUUUUGGGAUAUAAGAACAUCUGGGAGAUGAUUUCCCUUCUGCUGUCACACAGCUCAUGGACAAGCCCAAAGCUCAGAUGGGAUUUUUCUGGGAUGGGAAUUCCCUUCUGCAGAAAUUCCUGAGCAGCCCUGGUCUGUAGGGAGGUGGGGUCAGACAGCACUUGGCCUGUUCAGUGUUCUAAAAUUGGAUAUUCUGAUUUUUAUCUCCCUGUAUCCAGUGUUUUCUCCCCAAAAAAAAUCCCUGGAUUCCCUCCCCAUCCCCAAAGGUGCCAACUGACAAGCAGAUGUACUGCAAAAGGGAUACUGCAGCCAAAACACUGCUGUUUUAUUUUGAAUUAAGUCUUGUGGAGCUCUCUUCAUACUAGAAUAUUUUUAUUUUCUUUGUACAACAUACAAUCAUGUACUCUUAACAGAGAUUUACUUUAAAGAGAAGAAAAAAAAAAAUCUGGAAGUAUUCUUUAAAAAAAAAAAAUACACAAAAAUCUUUAUUAAUAAUCCUGUAUUUUUACUGAUCAUGUUUGAAUGUCUAAAAAGACUUUAUUGUUCUAAUUAUCCAGAUGUAUGUUUGUAAAAUAGCUCUUUUAUGACUUAGCUGAUCAGGUUGUAUGUUUCUGGAAUUAAAUAUUGGUCACUUAAAAAAAAAAAAAAAAAGAAAUCUGUUUUCAGGACCUGGGAAAUAGAAAAUUUAAGCGUUUCAAAUAUCAUUAAAUAAGCUUAAAGGAAAAUGA